AUGAGCAUCCCGGUCCCGGUCCUGCUCACCUUCCUGGUGCUGUCGGCCUGCCAGGGCCACAUGGCCGCUCUGGUUCAGACCUCCACCUUCCUGAAGGAGAGCAUCAGGCUGCUGAGCGAGCUCCUGGAGACCAAGGUUUCCUGUGAUAAGAUGAACGUGACAAAUAUUUUUGCAGGCGAUAAGAAAGAUGAUGAUCUGGGGAUCUUGUGCAAAGCCACCACAGUCGCUUUGGAGGGCCGGAGCUGCCACAGGCACCUGGAGGGCGUUCACCUCAACUUGCUCAGCCUGGUCCGAAGGAAAAGCCCAGUCCACAAGGGCUGCGUAUCACAGGGCUACAGCGACUAUUUUAGCUGCCCUUCCUGA